UACUGUGAUGAUCAUUGGUCAUGGGUGGACUUAGAAUAACAUUAAUGUAUUAAAAAGACUUAUUUUUAAGUUUUGUACCAGUGGAUUGUACUCCUAAAUUAGGACAGUCUCAUUUUAUGAUGAUAAUGACAUUUUCUCUCCUUUAAUUCGACAAUUUCAGCUGCAGUGUGCUGGAUGGUUUUUGUGUCUAUCAGAAAAUGUGAGGAGAUUCAUUUUGUUUUUAUGUGAUUUAUAAAGCCUCAUCAUGAUGCCAAGUACAUUAGUGAAAAGUGCAGCUAACAAAAUCUUUUAUGUAUCAACUGCAUCUUUUUGAUGUACUUUGAAAAGUGUUGAAAAUCUAGCCUCCCUUUUGAAUGUGACCAGCACAUAAUAUGGGAGAUUGAAGGGGAAAAUAGAUACAAGUGAAUUAUAACUAUCUGUGGGCCCAGAGGACUUGGCCAGGCUUUUGAUGAAUGAUUUGAUUUAUGCCAUUGUUUUAGUGAAAAAUGUUUUGAUGUGAUUUAAAGAGAACUGCUCUUCUGAGUUAUAUACUGUCUAGUAUUUCGGUGUUUUUGGUCCCUGUACUUUAUACACUGAACAAAAAUUCAAUAACUGAUGGGAUUAAUUCAUUGUUAGAGAAACAUGUGAAUUGAAUUUCUAUUACUGGGGACAAAAGUUUUACUUUCUGUGUUUGUCAUAGUUACAUGGUGAUUUGCGUGCAACAGGUGUGAAACUGUCAAUGUAUAAUGUUUUGCUCAGAGAGGUAUGCUGUGCUGUGUUGACAUAAUAUGAACCCCUUCAUCAUUUCAUCUCAUUUGGAUAAUUAACGGCUGUGAUUGACAGGAAUAUUGCAAUGGACAGUUUGGAUGACUUGAAGGAGUCAAUCUCUGGCAUAGUACCAGGAAGCAGUGCCGGCACAGAACAACUAGACUUCAACAGUUUGGAGAACAAAACUAUGGACAAAUUGUACUACCAGUACCGAGAGAAACUUAUGAACCAGGGACGGUUCAUUGACCCAGAGACUGAAUUGGAAGGUGACAGUUUUGGAAUGGGAGUGGUUCGUAAAGAAAUGGAUCUUUCCAAUGAUGAGAAACAAUACCUCCUUGCAGUGGAACGUGGAGAUGUGCCAUCAACUCGGCAGUAUCUCGGUAUGGGGGUGCAGACAGGACUCAAUGUAAACUGUGUGGACCCACUUGGGCGCUCAGCACUGCUCAUUGCAAUUGAGAAUGAGAAUAUUGAAAUGAUAGAGGUAUUGUUGAAUUAUAAUGUGGAGGUUGGAGACUCGCUUCUCCAUGCUAUCAAUGAAGAGAACGUUGAAGCUGUGGAAUUGAUACUGAACCAUGAGGUAGCAACUAAAGGAGAGGAGUCCAUUGAUUCACACCAAGAAAGGUCACUUCACCAAAGUGUUCCGUCCAGUUCUUUCACUCCAGAUAUCACCCCAAUAAUCCUGGCAGCUCACCGUGACAAUUAUGAAAUCAUCAAAUUAUUACUGGAUCGAGGCUACCGAAUUCCAAAACCCCACAAUAUCAAGUGUUAUUGUAAGUCAUGCUUGUAUGGAAGUACUGAUGACAGUCUACGUCAUAGUCGGUCACGUAUCAAUGCUUACCGAGCACUUGCAAGUCCCUCCUUGAUAGCUUUAUCAAGUAAAGACCCCAUUUUGACUUCAUUUGAAUUGAGUUGGGAACUUCGAAGACUUAGCAAGCUAGAAAAUGAGUUUAAGGUGGAUUAUGAAAAGUUAGCCAGAAAGUGCCAAGAAUUCGCAGUGGAUUUGCUGGAACAGAUCCGUGGAUCCAAGGAGUUGGAAGUGAUUUUAAACCAUGAUACAACUAAUCCAGCCAAUGAUGAAGGAGGUCUAGAGGUUGAACCUCAGCCUAGUGACAAGUUGAAGCUCAGUCGAUUAAAACUGGCCAUCAAGUUCAAACAGAAAAAGUUUGUUGCUCAUCCCAACUGCCAACAACUGUUAGCAUCUCUGUGGUAUGAAGGCUUGCCCGGAUUCCGUCGACAUAACAUUGUAUCCAGACUGAUGAUUACAUUUUUAAUUGGACUUACUUUCCCAUUGCUUUCAUUAUUCUACCUAAUAGCACCGAAGAGUCGAUUGGGGAAACUUAUACGAAAGCCUUUCAUAAAAUUCAUUUGUCAUAGUGCUUCGUACAUUACAUUCCUAGUUUUACUGAUUCUGGUGUCUCAAAGAGUGGAGAUUCCUAUACCUGGGUUAUCAGACAAAGUUGCAUCAGACCUAGAGAAGAUAAAAUUGGAGCGGAGAGGGGCACCAGCCACCAUGGUGGAGUGGAUGAUUCUCGCAUAUGUUGCUGGUUUAAUAUGGGCAGAGAUCAAACAACUGUGGGACGAAGGGGCUCACGACUAUGUUCAUGACAUGUGGAAUAUCCUAGACUUUGUCACAAAUUCCUUGUACAUAGCAACAUUUACACUUAGGUUAAUAGCUUACCUUCAGGUACAGAAAGAAAUAGAAGAAAAUAAACCAAGUGCAGAUUUAGAAAGGAAAGAUUGGAAUGCAUAUGACCCAAAUCUCAUAGCAGAAUCUCUUUUUGCUGCAGCAAACAUUUUUAGUUCUUUGAAAUUGAUUUACAUUUUCACUGUGAAUCCCCAUCUGGGGCCCCUUCAAAUAUCACUGGGUCGUAUGAUCCUGGACAUCAUGAAAUUUGCAGUGUUGUACGGAUUGGUUCUGUUUUCUUUUGCUUGUGGGCUGAACCAUCUCUAUUGGUACUAUGCAACACUGAGAGAACGAGAAUGCAGAGUGCUGAAUAUUGAUGAAUCCUGUGAUCGCAAACACAAAAGAUUUGCCAAUUUGUUUCAAAUACUACAGACCCUCUACUGGUCAAUCUAUGGUUUGAUAGAUUUAAAUAGUGCUGAGCUUCAGGAGAGUCACAUUUUUACAGAGUUUAUUGGGAAGCUGAUGUUUGGUUCCUAUAGCUGGAUAGCCUUGGUUGUACUUCUGAAUUUGCUCAUUGCCAUGAUGAGCAACUCUUACCACAAUACUUCAAGUCAGGCUGAUGAGGAGUGGAAGUUUGCUCGGUCGAAACUGUGGAUGAGUUAUUUUGAAGACAGUGGAACACUUCCUGCUCCAUUCAACAUCUUACCAAGCCCAAAGUCCUUCAUCUAUCUACUUCUGUGGUUUAAACAUAACGUAUGUUCAUGUUCUCUCAAUCAGAAGAGAAACAGGUGGCAAAGUAUACGAAAAAUUGUGAAGAAAAUUAAUGAGAAAGAAAUUAGAUAUCAGCAUGUAAUGAGAGAUUUGAUAAAGAGAUACAUUAUGCAAAAGCAGAGAGGCCCACUCCGAGGAGAAGGUGUAACAGAAGAUGACAUGCAAGAAAUCAAACAGGACAUAUCAUCUUUCAGAUAUGAACUGCUUGAGAUUUUACGCAACAACGGAAUGCGAACUCCUAACCCCAAUCAGCCGAAACCGACCAGUAAGAAAAUGCGCUACUGGAAGCAACUCUGUGGGGGGCUCUCGGAGAGUUUUGAUUCCACCCAGAGUCAAAAUGGCUUCCCUGUGGAUUAAGCAGUUUCCUUUUAUAGCAAUGUUUAUCAAAAGAAACCUCUACUUGCUUGAUUUUUCCUCCUUAACCUUUAAGGGCUACCAUAUGGAUGCAAAAAAUUGUCAGAGGUUGAAAUUCAUCCAUGUUUUUGUAAACAGCAUCAUUUUGUUUCAAAAUGAUUCACAUGGUAGCCCAUUUUCCAUAUGAGAUAUGUGUGCUGAUGUUAUCUGGCAGUUUAUAUAUAAAGGGACAACAUGCCAGAUGACAUUUUCCUCCUCCAUUUUGUUACCAUAGUGAUGUUGUUGCUAUAUGAAUCACUGCAGUGCUUGAAUAUUAUUGUUGUCUUCCAUAUUUUGAUAGUUGUGUAAUCUACACGGAACACCUCUUUGUGGAUUUUUUUUUAAUUUAAAGACAUAAGCAACCAAAUCACUUAGACGAUGGCCAAUAUGGGAUGUUUGAGGGGUGGAAGGCAGGUACAAGCUGGUACAAGCUUGAACAUAGAGGAUAUAGCUUUAAAAUGUACAUGUAUAAAUGCAGCCAUUUCAAAGGAAAAUCCCAUUUUGCAUUUUAAAAUAUUUGAAUCAAACUGAAUUUUCUUUUGAAAGGUAUCAGAUGGUUUUAAUACAGACCUUGAAGAAUACUACCAUACCAAAUGAACCACUCUGUUACCAUUCUAUUCUAGAAUGGUUACAUUAUCAUCUCAAAGAUUUCAUUCAGUAUUCUCUUUUCAUCUAAAAGUGUUUGAUCUCAAUGACUACAUACCGUUUAUUUCCACAUGUUCAUUGGGAACUCUUCUGAAGGCUUUGUAUCAUUAUCUGUCUAACACUCUGACACUUGAUUGCAGGCACUUGCAUGGUCGCGAUGGAAAGAAUGCAUCAUCUAAUUAAUAAUGUCACUCAGUCAGGAUGGAAAGAAUGCAUCAUUUUAGUUAUAUGGCACCCGGUCUGGAUGGAAAGAGACUAUCUCUCUCAAUUUGAUAUGGUACAUGUAUAACAUUGUACAAGGCUGGACUGUUAAUUGCAUCUACAGAUGACCCAUUAGUUUACAAAUUACACAACUAAGCAGUAGGCAUUUAUUUUGCAACAUGAACAGAAAUUAGUGUUUGCACAUUUUCUGUAUUAGAUUAAAUUACAGGAAUAAAGUGUUCAAUGAAUCAUUGCAGAGUAGAUGGAAGGUGAAGAUAACGAACAGUAAUCAAUGAAAGGUGAAGAUAAUGAACAGUGAUCAAUCUCAUAACUCCUAUAAGCAAUACAAAAUAGAGAGUUGGGUAUACAGAGACCCCUGGACACACCAGCCAUGAGCCCUAUAUAUUGAUAAAGUAAACAGAGUUUUCCGUAGUAAAAAUCAGUGUGCCACGAACUGCUUAACAAUCGGUAUGAAACACGUCAGACAGCAUUUGACCCAAUGAUAGGUUGUAUUGGCAAACUAAAUCUUAGAAUUUGCAAAAUGCUGACUUUAAACGAGAAUGUUGAAACCCCUGCACCAUCAACUUGUUUGUCAGUAGUCUGCCUCAAUUUAAAAACUGACCAUACGCAGAACAGGCUCUUGCGUAUUGAAUCAGUUGAGAGAUAUAAACACCAUAUGCAGGUGAUAAUGGAAUAUUGCUACAUAAAUAUGGGAAGUUGAUGAUGGAGAAGCUGAAAUCAUCCUGUUUGUCAUAAAGUUGAGUUGUUAGUUUGCCGUUAAUAUCUACUUUCAAUAAAAUAUCCAAGUAUGAAGCAGAAUUGGACGACUCUGUGGUGUCUUUUAUUUCAAAUUCAUGGGGAUAUAUCAAAUCAACAUAUGAAUGAAAGUUAUUCUUGUUAAUAGAUAAAGCGUCGUCGAUAUAUCUUAAUGUCGAAUUGAAGGCCAUAGAGAUUUUUUUCUUCUCACGUAGAAGUUUCUGAAUAAAUUCUGUUUCAUAUGAAUAUAAAAACAGGUCAGCUAACAAAGAAGCACAAUUCGUGCCCAUAGGAAUUCCAACAGACUGUUGGAAGACCUUAUCACCAAAGACCACAAAGAUAUUGUCAAUGAGGAACUCCAGCAUAUUUUUAUUUCAACUUCAGAGUACUUGUGUGCAUGUGUAUGAAACAAGUCAGACAGAUGUGCACAAUUGAUUAUGUGUAACCAUGGAUGCAUGUAUAUAAAGUUCUGAAACUUUUUAAAGCUUUAUUCAGCUAGGUAAAUUUUGUAGUUGAUAGGGGUUGGUUUUAGGAAAAUGAUAUAGAAAAUAAUAUUUGACAUUAAAAUUCAUCAUAUAUUUCACCUGUACAUUGGCCCUUGGACUAUUGGUUUAAAUCUUUGACACCCUAGAUUGUAUAUAUUUUUUACAUUCAUUACCAAUUCCUUUUGCAACCAAGAAGUAAAUUGAUUAGUAAAUGAAUUAUUUUUGGAAAAACUACAUAAUUUCUUCAAAGUAUUCUGUUCCCAUUUAGAAUUGUUCUGUUUUUAUGGUUAAGAAUAAUGUUCCAUGCAGAUUGUUUAGUAUUCUGUUCUCAUCUAGAAGCAUUCAGUUCCCAACAGGAAUUGUUCUGUUUUUGGUUAAGAUUAAUGUUCCAUUCAGUUUUUGUUUCCAAUCAAAGUGUUGCCAACCAUUACAUUCUAGCACACUUCAGGGUCUGUAUUAUAUGCACUGGUUAUAAUAAUGGCUUCCCUUUUAAUAACGAAAUUUAGUACUGUAAUAGAUUGCUGAAAAUCUUGUAUACUUCUUUCAUAUGAUCAUAUCCUGUAAUUUCACCUGAACCACCUGCUGAAUUUGCUAAUUUUAUGAUUUUAAUUUUUGAAUUUACUGAAUAUGAAAAUAGAUUUUCCAUCAUAUCAAAACAGACUAACCAUGUUUUUAUAACUGAGUAAUAAUAAUAUGAGUCAUAAACUCCAUGAAGGGAGAUGUUGACUCAAGGUCUCUCUAAUUACUGUGAUUGUGCUGUUAAGCUGAAUGAAAUAUCCACAAGAUGAUAGUUGAUUCCCAGAAUGAUUAAAACUGGAGCAUUAAAAACAUUUUACUCUUCCAUAAA